GAUGUUUUAUGUUUUGUAUACAGUGUGUACACACCACCGCUCGCCCAUCAGCCGCUGCAGUGUGCACCCAACAGAUUUAGUUUAAGAACAAUUUAUGCGCAGUAAAUAACUAAAAGGAAACGUUGUUUAUUAAGGUGUUACAAGCAUAUUGGAAGUGCCGUUCAGACAUCAGUUGCUGCACGCCCCAGGAAAGUGGUCAAAACAAAUACCACGUGCAUCCGAGACAGCUUUUUUUUCUUUCUUCUUGUUGUCAUAUUAAUUUCAAAAAGAAAGCCUCAAGAUGGGUAUGGUACAAAAGCGCAAAAAGAUGCACUAUGGCGACACGCAUCUGCAGCGUCGCUGGCGUGUACGCAACCGUCGCAGGGAUCUCGACCAAAUCGAUGACGAUCUGCGCACACGCAGCGGCGAGCUAAUUAAUCAGAACGUGGACCUUGAUAAGCCGGGCUUCGCACAGUUCUAUUGUGUUCACUGUGCCAAGUACUUCAUCGACGACAGAUCGAUGCAGGCGCACUUUCGCACCAAGGUGCACAAGCGCCGCCUAAAGGCGCUCGAAACGGAGCCAUACAGCAUCGAGGAGUCGGAGCGUGCGGCUGGCCGCGGCAGCUUCCAGAUGCCCAAGAAGCGCGUCAUCGAGACGCAGCCAAGCAAAGAUGAGGUCAAGGCUGGCAAGCGCAUCAAAGUUGAGGUGAAGCCCGAAGAGGACAAGCCCAUGGACGAGGAUGCGCCCACAACAUCCGCAAAGCUGACACGAAAGAAACCUAAGAAAAUGGCGACCUGAAUUGUAAUGCUAUGCAGAUUUUCUUUAGCUCGUUAAACCAAUAUAUGUAUAUUUUUUUUUUAUAUAUAUGUAAACCUUUCCAAAUCUAAAAAGUUCAUUGUAAUAGCUUGCGCAGUCGCCGAACCUUAUGUAAAUCGUACAUUACAAAAGAAUGUAAAAUAUAUAGACGAAUAUUCGUCUUACAUUAAUCAAA